AGCCAGGUUGCCCUGAGCUCAAUCACCCACUGACAGACAUAGCUCUGCACUGGACCAGACUGGACUACAGUGGACUGACCUGAAUCAGCUCAGCGCUUGAGAAAGAAGUGAAGGUGUUUUUUGAGCAGAACACGCACUCGCAGAGCACGAUGCCGUCCGUCACUCACCUGGGCAGCACGGUGAAAGAAGAGAACUCGGUGCGGAAGGAGUUCUACACAGCUGAGUGGCAGAGCUUGACCAUGGCAAUCCGCCCCUGGGAGGGAUGCACCGUACAGGAGGCGGAUCGCAGGCGACGGGAGAGCUACGACAGGAGGCACCAGGUGGCCUAUCUGAUACAGAGAUCGCCCAAUGGCAUCAUGGGGUUAGGGCGCGUGGGGGAGAGGCUGAGGGAAUACAGGGUGCCCUACCAACAUGGGCUGCCUGUUCCCAUCUUCAAACCCACCCACAUCAGCCCCAAGGUGGAACGGGCCGACACACCUCCGGUGCUGAAGGAUAUCAUGGAGCUUGAGCGCGCUCUGGGCUCAGACGGGAGCUGUCCCAACAAGCGAGAGAUCUCCCAAAUCACCAGGGAACUCCCUCCCGUGAUCCAGCCCGUGAAACUGGACGCCCAGAAAUCAGGGCUGGCCCUCAGGUCGCUCUCCAGGUCCAUGUCCCACGAGGCACAGAGAGGCUGAGCCGUUCGGCCCCAACAGGAGGGUCAAGCGGGAAAAGGCGGUCUGCGUGAUUGAUAGACGUUAGAUGUAUGUGUGAGAGAAGGUUUGAGGCAGAUGCUGUGAUAACGCAAGUCGAUUUGGAGACUGAGGGAGACUGAUGUUACUCUAAGGCAUGAGGUUGGUGGCACUUGAGAGUUGGAGGCAAAGAAUGGAAGUGAUAUUGUACGAUAUGACCUGAAAGUGUUUGAUUUAAAAAUGGUUCCUAUUCAAAGGUAUCUCCUAUUCAAGAAUUUAUCAUAGAGUAUUAGUCCUGUAUAGCUCCAGAGGUUUUAUUUUAUUUUGUAAUAAAGUGAUAGUUUUGUACUGAUCGGAAGAGAUGUUGAAAUAAAGUGACGAUUGAGCGUG